ACAUGGAACCAUUUAUCGAAAAACGUGUUCCCGGAAGUGAUCAUGUAAACCAACAUGACAGCUGUGUGGCAACAAGCGCUUGCUUUAGAUGCCAAAUUUAAUGCAUACAGAACACCGAGCAAUCCCCAGUUUAAAACUCUCUACAUCAGACGGAAAAGCCAGCUUCUUCGUGAGAGUGCGAAGUCAGGGAGAGACCCAGCCGUGAGGAAAGAGUUCCUUCCAAUCCGUGCUCAAUUUUUGACAGCCAAAUAUGGAAGCCCCGCAUUCUCUGAUCAAGGGAGUAUUAGAAGCAGAUCAUUUAGUAUGAGAAGCGUUGGCAGGAAUACAUUAGAGAAUUUUGAUAACCUGACCAUUUCUGAUGGGAAGAAACAUCACCGGAGACAAUUCAGCAGUGGCUCCAUGAAGCUGUCUUUUGAUGGACCAAUGAAAAGAGUGUUUGACAGUAUCGAACUUGUCCCAACAAAGGAGGCAGAUGCUAGCAGGGCAAUGGCAGGUGGAAAAACUAUUUCAGAAAACUAUGCUUUUGCUGGAAUGCACCACAUCUUUGAUCAACACACAGCUGCUGUGAGCAGUGUGAAGUUUGCCAACGAUGACAGAUCCCGCGUAGCCUGUUCGUCACUGGAUGGCUCACUGUCUAUCUGUCAGGUGAUUCCCCCGCCUGCUACUGUCAUCUGUAUGCUGAGGGGACACAAGGCAGGGGUCAAAGACUUUGUGUGGUCAUUAUCCAAUGAUAUAAUUUUAAGUGUGUCAAUAGAUGGCACUGCUAAGUUGUGGGAUGUGGCAGCAGGAAGUUGCAUCAGAACCAUCGAGGAUGAACAAGGGGGAGAACUCCUUUGUUGUGCUUUCCAACCUCUCAACAACAACAUGUUUGUUACUGGGAACAGUAAACACAUGGUACAAGUAAUCAACGUUUCAACAGGAAAGGGAGUUAAGGGUGGAAGCAGCAAAAUAACUGGAAGAGUUAUGGCCCUUGCUUUUGACCCAACAGGACGAGUUUUAUGGGCAGGGGAUGACAGAGGAGCUAUAUUUUCAUUCACAAUAGAUGUAGCUACUGGAAAGUUAACCAAGACUAGGAGAAUAACUGUAUCAGAAGGUCACUCGAUCACCAGCAUUGCAGCUCGUGCCUGGAUUAGCAGGGAAGCUAGAGAUCCCUCUCUUCUAGUGAACACAUGCAUCAAUGCCAUGUGUCUUUUCAGAAUAGUCACAGAUGAUGGUGGACUGCAAUUAAAGAAAACUUUUCCAGUGAAACAGAAAAAGUCUCAUAUCAGGAGUACGUUUUGCCCCCUCAUGUCUUUCCGGCAGGGGGCGUGUGUCAUAUCUGGAAGUGAGGACAUGUGUGUAUACUUCUUUGACAUUGGAAAGGACAGCAAGCCAUGUGUGAAUAAACUACUGGGUCAUUCCGCUCCAGUGCUUGACGUGUGCUUCAACUGUGAUGAGAGUUUGUUAGCCUCUUGUGAUGAACAAGGUCUAGUCAUCAUUUGGAAAAGGGAGGGAAAACAAGGGGCUCUUUAGCACUCCAUGUCAAACAACUGACAGAAGAAAAAACUUGUAAUGAAUACAUAUCAUUUACUGGGAGUACAUUCCCUGUUACUUUGUAUUUUAGAGAACUUGUCUGAAAGUCAUAGCUUUUGCUGUGUCUUGGAAUUUAUGAUUUUUUUCAUUUAGAAUCAGUAAUGCAGUUCUUGAUAGUUGUAAAAUGAGUAAAAUUAUCCUCAUUGUCUUUACACAAAACCAGAAACUCAAGUUAUUGUUACAAUUUUUUGUAACACAAGGUAAUUAAUUUUUACCUCUUUUGUAACACAAGGUAAUUUUUACGUCUUUUGUAACAAGUGGUAAUUUUGGUUUCGCUGACUAUACUAAUUUUCCCAUGCUUCCACUGAUAAUGUAUAUAAAACCUAGACAUUUAUUCCUUAAGUAAAAGUGUUAAAAAAUUAGUGUCAUUUUUUGUCAUAGAAAAAUUGAAAUGCUUAAUUUGAUAGUGAUGUACAGAUGGUGGACUAUUCCAAACAUACAUGUACAUAGGUAAUUAUCUAAAUACACAAAACAAAUGUCUUUGGUUGCAUAAGUAAUGUUGCAUAUCAAUGCUCUUUUUUCUUGUUAUUUAUUUAUUUUGUCUACAUACAUCAUUAUAUACAUGUUUUAUACUUUGAUACUGAGAGAGAGAGAGAGAGAGAGAGAGAGAGAGAUUUUAUUUAAUAAAAAGAGUGCAAUAUGUGCAAGUUUUUAUUUUUGUCUUUAGAAGUAUUUGUAUAUGAUAUGAUAAUUUGUUAAUAUAGUCAGACUACAUUAUUAAAUAUUUCUGUUUUUGUC